UGCCGCGCGUUUAAGUGUUAAGACGAAAUCGUGCUUUAUAUUUAGAAUAAGCACUCUGUGUUAAGCCAGCGCUCACCUGUUGCCUCUCUGUGUGUGUAAGUGUGCGUUGGGGCGCACGUGAGAUUAUCGAGCGGCUUUAUUAAAGACUUAAAAAUGGCUCGCCUUGCUUUGCUGUUAGCCGCACUGCUGCUGAGCUGUCUUCUGCUGAGCUAUCGUAUGGAUGCUAAAGAAUACAUGCGUUGCCAGUUGACGAGAGAGCUUUUGCUAAAAUACGGUAUCAACAAAACGUUUCUCUCCAACUGGAUUUGCUUGAUCGAGCACGAGAGCAAUAGGAGCACCAAAGUGUUGAAACGAAAUCCUAACGGCAGUCGCAGUUACGGACUCUUCCAGAUAAACAGCAAGGAAUGGUGUCGCGUUAGUCGCAAAGGUGGCCUUUGCGGUAAUAAAUGUGAAGACUUCCUUGAUGACAACAUAGACGACGAUGUGGCGUGUGCGAAGCGAAUAUUCCAACGUGAUGGCUUCAAAAAUUGGCCCGGCUGGAGUGCAUCGUGCCGCAAUCCCCAGAACCUGCCGAACCUCCGCCUGGCGUGCAAAUACAGAUAGUGAGACCGACCCGAGCAUAGAGACUU